AUGUCGAGCCCUCGUCGCGUGCGUUUCAAGGGCAGCUCUUCUCCGGAGUCCACGUCCUCGACUCUUUCCUCCUCGGGGCCAUCCACUCCCCCGUCUGCCUUGGACAUCUACACGUUUGCUCCAAAGCCCAACCCAGAAUCAUACCCGUCCAUUGCCGCCUCCCCCGAUCUCUACACAGAGCUUGCACCACAACCGCCGGUCGUCCCCCCUGAGGAGACCCGCGCCUCUCUCCACCGCUACCUGUCGCCCUUGCAUAUAUCCUUUGAUGCGUCGAGGCGCGUGUCCAGCGAGGGGAUAGACGCCGAAGUCCUGAGCUCCUGCGCCACAUACCCUCCUGUGGCAGAGAUGACCCUCCAGGGCACCCGUUUCCCCUGGAAGCUGUCGAUCAAGCCCGAAAUUGCGGAGGUGGAGGCGGUGACGGUCCUAGACGUCAUGAUCGGGAUAUACGUCCACCUCCGGACGCUCGUCAAGGGCCUGGAGUACGACGAGCUCAAGGCGGAUCCCGCCAUGUACUCCGCUGUCUAUGCCGCGUUCGUGACCCGCUGUGACGCGUUGGAGGAACCUCGCCGCACGGAGGAGCGUCGCAGAGGGCUGAGGCGGGUUGACUUUUUGUGUGGGAGAACGCGAUUCGCGGGCCUCGUUCCCGCCCAGGGGGACGAGUGGUCCAUCGUGUUCGAGCCAGUAUGA